AUAAACUGUGGAGAAUACGAAAGAUACGAUAAAAUUCCCGUUCAAUAGAUAUAAUACAAUGACAGGGUUGAUUUAUACCGUUGAAAAGGUUCCGUAGAAAUAUGGAAGCACCGAUACUGCUGAUGGACUAAAAACAAUGCAUUAAGGAAGGUUCUCAAAAUACAAUGGCGAUCGGCCUGGUGUACAGAAUAUCUAUAUCAUCAUGAAUGAGGGCAUUCCAAUUUCGAUUAUAAAAGAACAAUUCCAAAAGCAAAGAAAGCCAAGGAAAAUCCAUAUUUUUGCCAUUUGUAUUGCACUUCAAGUAAACUUUCUUCCUGCUUGUUUGAUUGCAUUUGUUGUGGAUAACUUUGAUGACCUACAAUAUUUAGAUAAGAAGAUCUUUAAUAUAGAAUUAAUUACUCUUUUCAGGUCAAAAUGGUGAAAAAAGGACCCAAGAUCUGGCCCACGAGUUGACCUGACCUGGCCGAGGCAACUUAGAGGCCGUUGAAUUCUGCACGUCGUUUAAGUUUUUGCGUCAUGAUUUACUUUAUUAAAAUAAUUUUUGGUUAAUAGCGAUAUACAAUGUUAUAAAUAAAAAUCACUAAUUCUUGUGCACAGUCAAUAACUAGCAGAGAAUUUAACUGUGAAGAGGAUAUAGAGCCGUGUGAGUAAAACAUUAUAUUAAAAAGAGUUUAGUGUUUUAACGUAGCAAAAUACAGAUCCAUCUUUUAUCUGGAUGUGCUGAUUUUGAUCAGUAAGAUCACUGCUAUAUCGAGACAUUUGCAUCUGCGCUCAGGUCGAACAUCAGUUGGACAAAAUGGCGAUAGCUACUACAUGUAUGGUGCGGAGAUUAUAUGCAAAUGCGUUUAAAAUCCCUUGUUUAUAAGUAAUAAUUUCUAUACUACUGUAAGGCAUUGUUUUUUCGGGACCUGUUAGCCUGAUAGAAGGUAAGCAGAUAAACUGCUGGAAGAAAAAUUAAUUCUAUUUUCGAAGCAGAUAUCUGAAAAACUGUCUGUAAUGGAUUUUCAUGUGUCGAAGACCACAUACAUUUAUGUGAUCAAGGUAAAAAAUUAUUUACAAAUGUUUUGUUUGUUUGUUUGUAUCUCUUGUAAGGUCUUAUGCAAAGAAUCAGCCAGUAAAAAUCAACUUAGUCAAUUAUAGAUCCAUAUAUAUGUAUAGAGAGAGAGAAAAAUUUCGUUUUUUCAUUUUUUGGCAUCUUUAUAUACAGUAUAAAAUUUGGACUCAUGUACUACGAAUGUCAUAACUAUAGCAGAAUUAUUAUUACAUUGGAUUAAAGGGAACUUCUUUCUCAUGCGUCGAUGAUGCAACUUCUUAGAUGGUGUGUAGGCUGUUUGUCAACAUCUGAAACCCACGUGUAUUUCGGGACCUUAAAAACUGAAAAUGACAUCAUACAGGCGAAUGCAGAACUCAAUCAACUGUACAGAAGAAGAAAACAUUGAACCUGAAAGAAUGAAUGCGGAAGGAAAUUUGGAAGACAGAAGAAUAAAUGAGGAAGAAAACGUGGAAGGCGGAAGAAUAAAUGAGGAAGGGAAUUCGGAAAAUCUAGGAAGAGAUGAUACAACAGAAUGCACGACAUCAUCAACUACAGAUGACGUUUUAAAAGUCAUUGGUGUCUGUUUGACUGCAAUUAUCGUAUCCUUUCUGCUGGUGGUUUGGUUGCAGUUAAUAUAUCAGGAGGUGGAAACUGAAUUUGUGACAACCUGUAUGUUAACGAUAUCUACAGUUCUUGGUAUCAUUUCCGGAAUAGUUACACUGAUAUGUUCCUGCCGUAAAACAGCCUUUAAAUGCAUUAACAUUAAUCUUAGAAAAAUGUCAUAUUUUCUAUACAUUAAAACCACCGUUUUUACAGUGUUUGCUGUGAUAACCUUAAUGAGUUACAUCAUUGCACUGCUUCACCACGUGUUUAAUGACUGUAAUAAUUACACACGAGAAAUUAAUGUUGGUUUUAAUGUACUGGGAUGUGUUUUCACUGUCCUUCAAUUCAUUUGUUCAGUUAUAUUGGUCACAGAUAUAUCUCAAAAGGGAAAUAUAGAGAAAAUUGCUUUACUAUUUCUAAUAUCUGCUAAUAUUGGUACAUUUUUAGAUACCAUCUUGACGGAGUCAUCUGAAAUCUUUCCAGAGUUUUAUGAGAAAAAUGCGUUUUCAUGCAAUGAUUCUAUGCACUACAUUCAGAAUAGUACAGAGUCAUGCAUCAAAGUUUUAGACAUAGAACACUUCUUUAAAGAUUCUAAUCCAUACCUUUCUCCGGUUGUCAUUGAAUUCUCGCUUAUGGCAAUAUCAUACCUAUUUUCAAGACACAAAAUCUCGAAUAGAAAUGAGGAAAGAAGAAACCCUGAAAUGUGGACCAUGCUUUUUUCGUGCAUCCAUGCAGCCGUACUGAUAUUUUUCACUUUCUUUGUUGUUAUUACAAAGUCAAGUGAAGAAAUAUCAGAUUCUUCAAACGUAUCAUACAAAUAUAUCCUUUAUACAUUCAUUCAGCUUUAUUUGAAACUUUUCAUGUUCGUCAUAAUAUUCAUAACUUUUCUUCUGAUAAGGAAAAUAAGAUUCAAUAGGAACGAUUCUGUGAGAAUGGGAAAUAAUAUCAGUUCCAUUAUAUUUCUAACAAGCUGUUUUGGUAAUGCAGUGUAUCACAGUUUACAAGUCAUCGCAUUUUCUCAAAUUCCAAAAAAAUGGUAUGUUUGGGUUGCUUUGGGCGAGGGGUGUAUGGGAAUAAUUCUGACCAUUUUUCAAACUGUUAUUUUAAUGCGGUUACAAAAGCUUCCAUGUACUGAUAACUCUCUACAUAUAAAUGAAGCACAGUCUUUUCACAACCAUUCGCAUCAAAUAUGUACGUUUCUCUCAAUUGUAAAUUGGGGUUUAUGGUUUUCGUACAGCUUCGGUGAAAUUCGGGAACCAAUAUUUACUUUACCCAUAUACUUUUUCUAUAAGAGAAUGUUCUGGAAUGUUCUCACGAAGCUGAUUUUGCCACUUGCAAUUUUUUAUCGAGUCCAUUGUGCUAUGGACUUUUUAGAAUUGAGGUUAGACAAAUUUGCAUACGGUGCAUAAGAAACAUGAUCCAUGAAAUGCAUGUUUAAUGUACUUUGGUAACUAUUUUAUUUCAUUGGCCCAUACCUUUCUAUGCAAGUCAACAUGUAAAAAGGAUUCAAUGACAAUCCUUAUUAAAUAUAUAACUUAUGAUCGUAUGAAUAUAAUUGGUUUGAAAAUCGUUUUUGAAUCCAAUCAAUCUGCGAUGAUAUUUGUUCAAAUCUUUAGUAUAUUAUUUUAUUUUGUAUCAAUUUGUUAUUUAUUUUAAUAUUUUUGUCAGUAUCACCAAUCACUACAUGAUAAUCAUAUGCCAAUAAAUGUGCUUAUUUGUUUUUAAAAAAUGAUUUUGAAUUUCAUUAUGAGUCGGACAAUAUUGUUUUUUUUUAAUUCGUACUAAGAAAAAUAAUACCUUAUAUAGAUGAUUUGAAAAUCAUUAAUCAUAUUCAUAUGGUGUAAAAUAGCUGACUUACAUCCAUCAUAAACACAUAACUUUGAAGACUGUAAACAUAAGAAGUUUAUUAUGCAAGCAAAGAAAGAAGAAGGUAUGGUUUUAGCUUUAUUGCGCUCUAAAAAUGUAAUGACAUCAAAAAGUUUUGAAACUGGCUUAAAUAUUAGUUAAAUAAAUGACUCUGAUAAAUC